ACACAGAUGAAGAGAUUACGACACCCAAUUGUCAAAAGAGCCGAUGGCAGUGAAGCUUUGGAACUUCAACUUGAUUUGAGUAAUUUUAAACCAGAAGAAAUUACUGUGAAAACCUCUGGAAAGGAACUUGCCGUACAUGCUAAACACGAAGAAAAGAGUGAGAACUCGUCGGUGUAUCAGGAAUACUGCCGUAAGUUUGUAUUACCAGACAAUGUAAACCCCGAAUUGGUGGAAUCAACAUUUUCAAAGGAUGGUAUUCUGACCAUAACAGGACCCGCAGCGUUGGAAGCA